AUGGUGCAGCAGGGCCUGGCUUGUGUCGAGGACUUCCUUCAGCUUCUCAUUACAAGCUAUGAGGAGUACUGGCAUGAUGUGGGUUUACCAAGACAUAUCAGCAUGUUGAACAAAGAUCUUGCAUGUGUCUGGGACUUUGACACAAUGUGCAUGCAGAGAAGCCCUGGGGCAGAUCAUUUGCAGAGCCUGGACCGUGUCUAUGCUCUGUACCGGCCACGACUUGCUUAUGUUAGGUGGCCGACGUCCCCCGAUUUUCAGUAUGUUCAACAUGCCUGGCCCGACCAGCAAGGUAUGCAGCGGCAAUACAAAGUGUUGUGGCACAAGGUUCAUCUGGACCGCUCUCACAGUGAGUGGCGAACACCCGUGCAGUGCCGGGUGUGUUUGGUGCAGCCACCGUCUAUGCUGCUGACCUGUCUCGGAAAGCUUCAAGAAGUGACCCCAGAAAGACGAGCUAUCAGAGCUGUGGAUUUGACAUGUUUGGUCUUCCGGAUUGCAGCUUUCCUCUGGACACCUCCCAGCAGCUUCAGAGUCCGAGUGGCUUCGGUUGCUUUGCUGCAGCAAGGUAGCCGACUGGAGAUUGGGGCCUUUGCCACCAUGACAAAAGCACCCUUCAAGCAGAAAUUGAUAUUCAUUUUGGAAAUCACUUGGUCCCUGAAGCCUGCUGCUGUGACUGGGUCUUUUCUCCUGGAGAAGUCAAUGCAUGAGUUGACUUCGGCAGUCACAGGACGUCGCACUCACUGCUGGCAUGCUGCUUUCCUGCUUGCUGCUUGUGCAACAGCACAGGGAGCCAGCAGUGUUUGUGAGAGGGUGGGGUCCCUCUUACAUUCCCUCGAGAACGGGGAGACUGCGAUCCACCCGGCCAGGGUGGCCGACCGAUUGCGAAUCAGAGCAAUCGGUGGCUCUCGUGAUGAGGCCAUUCUGGACACACUGGUGGCUAGCAGCUGGCAUUUGGGUCCGGUGGAGCGAUUGCAGGAUGAAGCAACUGUCGGCUUUGAUGAAAGUGGUCAGCCAGAGACAUGGCAGGUUGCAGGGCCACUCAGCAUGUUGGUCAACAUUCUGCUCAUGACGAGUCCUAGCCAGGAGGUCAGAGGAGAAGGCUUUGUCAUGCCAGCCUCCCAUCAAUGGGAGGAUAUCUCGCCAUGCGCUGCACUUGGCUUCUACAGGAAGCGCGUGGUCGGUGGGGAUCUACAAGCAGCAAGUCAGCACCUGAUCCAGCUGCUUGGGGUCGGAGCAAAGGCCAGGAUUGGCAAAUGGACACGGGCCUGGAAGUCCCUGGACCCGGAGAUCAAGGAGUCUUUGACGAGGUAUGAGGCCCUACCUCAGUCAUGGAUAUUUGACAAUCCGUUUCUUAUGGGAGAUGGUGCCCGAAAAAACAUGAAGCUCCCGGCAGAAUUCUGCAGGACCCAGUGUCAGCAGAUUCUGUAG